GUGACGCAGGUUUUGGAGACUCCGCCCACUCGCGCGGAGACCUGAUCGUUCCUGCGCUGUUCGAACAUAACGAGUCUCGCGCGCUCUGUGGUGCAGGCAGGAGCUUUGGCUUUUUGGUUUUUGAUAUUUCAGAUCCGGGCUUUUGUUAACAUUGCAGAAUUUUUUUUAUCAUGAAGCUUCUGUUUCUCUUUGUCGUGACUUUGUCCCUCUUGGCAGAAAGCAAGUCUUCACCUCUAGAACCAGAUGACAAGAAGAACAAACUGAUCAUUCCGUGUAUGAUGGAGGUCUUGCUUAAGGCAAUAUCCAAAUCAGAGGACACGUCUCUGCAACCAGAAUGUAAAGACAUUCUUCAAAAUCAAGAUCUCAGCCAUGCUCAGCUUAUGAGAAAGAAUGAAGAAGUAAUUCCCCCAGAGCAGGAUGAGAAAAGUCAAGAAAGGGAGUCGAAUGCCAGGGUACAAGAAAUCGUUAACGAAAUUCUCAAGACAAAUCAGGAAAAGCGUGAAGAAAUCGAUGAAGAACGGAGCCAGGAAGAAUUUCCAAAUUAUUACAAAAGACACUAUAUAUUAACAAGCAAAGAAAAACGUGAAGACCCAGACUAUGAAAGGAGCCAAGAGGAAUUCCCUCAAAAAAGAUACAGUUUAUUUUCCACAAAAGAUAAACGUGAGUAUCAGGACAAUGAGCGAAGCCAAGAAGAAUUUCCAACUUAUGACCACAAAAGGCACCUCUUCUUGACCAGUAAGGAAAGGCGUGAUGAUCCUGACUAUGAUCGAAGCCAAGAAGACUUCCCAAGCUAUGUUUAUAAAAGGUACCAUGAUGAAGACAGGGGGACAGAGAAGCAACUUUGGAAACCUCACAAAAACCAUUACAAAGGGUAUGAUGCCACAUCAAAUGAAGAUUUUGCACAACUUAACUCUCAAGAGAAGAGGUUCGAAGAAGAGGAGAAUGCUAAACAAUACUGGAAUCCAAUCCAACAAUACUACCACAAGAAACACCACAAACAUGAUGGUGAUUCCUCUAAUGAAGAAAUGGACAGUGAGGGGAACAACAAAAGGGUCUCAUGGACCAGAGGGUUAGAGGAGGGGUCAGAGGAGAGUGAAGAGAGGGAGAAAAGAGUAUGGAAGCCUAGCUAUAAGGGCCAGAACAUGAAGUUCUUUCACAAGCAAGGUAAAUUUGAGAAUGAAAAUGAUGCAAACCUCCACCACUCACUGGAGCCUUCCAAGCGCCGUUCACCUGAGGAAGAAGAGGAAGAGCUAAUCGCCCAAGAGCUAAAUGAAAACAAGCAUCCUUAUGACACCCAAGAGGAGCAGAAAAGGCACCAUAAUGAUGCUGAGGAAAAGAAGCAGGAGAAAGAGGCAGAGCUGAGAUACCUGACCAAGAAAGGAAAUGAACGUCUACUGAAAGACGGUGAGGUUUAUGACAAGCGCAAUCCCUGGAUUUACAGAGGAUACUAUCAUCCAGCCUGGUAUAAGCGGAGUGCUGAGGAAAAUGAGGGUCCCUCAGAGAAACUGAAGGAGCUUGCCAAUGCUCUCCGAUACAAGAUGGAUCUACUGUCUGAAAAGGAGUCAAAUGAAGGGGAAAAGGCUUACCUCCACCAGAGGGCUCUUACUUCAGAAGAGCUAAAAGAACUGGAGAAACUCGCCUCUGUGGAGCAACGAGCACAAAUGAACUAGUCUUGGUUGAAGCGAGAAGUAAACCAACCAUACAAGAAACAUCUGACACCCCCUUAUUAUGACUUUCCAGAGGCUUUGUGUGAUGCUGCUUUGGGCUGCUUUUGGAUUAAUUAACGCACACUUAACUCAUAACUGUGUUUGUUUGUAAUACUUUUUUAAUGUGAAGUGACAGUAUAGGCCUUAUAAUAGAUGCCUGCUUAAACAAUAUACAGCCUAAAUAUGUAUUAGAUUCAGCUUUAUCUGUAAGAAAGAAACAGCUAAAGAAAAAGCACAAAAAAAUGAAUGAUGAUUAUUGUUUAUCUUGUGUAUUUGUGAACUUUGUUAAAAACCAAAAGCAUGCCAUGUGAUACUUGUAAUACUUGUCUCCAAGUCUGUUUGCUGUGUAAAUUCCUGUUUGCUAUGGUUGUAUGCAUCAAAUAAACAGUGGGACCAAAAACAGUUAACCACA